AUGGGGGCCUGCAUUCCGGUGGCAGUUGGACGGGGUCGCGGCCACAAGGACACCCACGACGACUACUACGGCACCUCGAGGCCACGGGCUGCGGAGCUCCAUGCCCCCACUGCAGAUCUGCGCGCAGAGAUGUAUGACACCGGGAGUAUCGAGGGGCCACCUGGAUCUUUCACUGUGAACAAUGUCCAAGUGUUUGCUGGCUAUGUCCUGCAUACCGGUUCAUUUCUGGAAGGGCCUGACUCCAAGACAUUGUCUGUUGGCGAUGAAGUGAAAUACAAGGAAGUAAUUGGUGACCGUAUUGACCAGAAAGGUCCCAUUGCUCUUCCAGAGAAGCUGAUAUUUGAUUUCUCCCAUGGGAAACCUGUCCAACCAGAAGAUUUGCAAAAAAUUGAGUCUAUAGUGAAGCAGCGAAUAGAGGCUGAGCUGGAGCUAUCUGCACAAGAAAUAAAAUUAGCCAAUCCCAAGAGCGUGAAUGGUCUUCGAGCUGUGUUUGGUGAAAUCUACCCUGAUCCUGUAAGAGUUGUAUCGAUUGGUCGCAAACUGGAAGAUGUGCUUGCCAACCCUGAAAGCAAAGAAUGGUUAUCUGAUAUCAAUGAAGCAAGUAAACUGGACGGAGCAACAUUGGAAAAGAAAAUUGGAUCGAUCAAUAAUACACUGGAUGCAGCUGCUAUCCCAGCUGCAAGAAAAGCUGAUCUAAAAGGCAAUGUCUCAAAGUUGGAGGAUCAACUAAGGGAGGCGAAGAAGAAAACGGGCAAAGAAAAUGUCCAAAAGGCUGCCAAGACUGACAUAGAUGCUGCAGAAGCUGCUGUUUCUAAAGAAAAACUCUUCUGUGUUACUCAUGCUGGUGUGCGUCUUGAUACCACUGCUGCCCGGGAAGCAGUUGUCAAACCCAUGGACCGUUUCAAGGAUGCAGACAAGAAACAACUUGGUACAAUCGGUGAGGAGGUGAAGCAGUUGGCUCAAAGAGCAAGGGAUAACAGAGAAGCAAACAACAGCUCUUCUACUAGUGCAAGCAUUAAAAAAUCCGCUAAUAACACUGUUCAGAUACUUGUGAAAUUUUGUGGAGCAACUAUUCCUGUUCAGGAGAACCUUGACAUAUUAAGUGCAAAUAUGCUAAUCGAUCAUGUUUGCCGGUGUGCGGGAGUUAGUCUCACUGAUCUCUAUUCGACCUUCUGUGGAAGAAUUCUGGAGCCGAAUAAAGUUUUGUCAUAUUAUCAACUCCAGAAGGAUUCUAUGGUUUAUAUUAAUCCUAGACUACGAGGUGGCAGUGCUGGUCGUAAAAACUGGGAUGAUGUAAUCAUUACUCUGAAUGUCUACCACGGUGUGGCUUUGCCAUGGGACCUACUUCUCCCCUGUCAGAGUCCAGCAAUGAAAGUGUGGUACCUGGAUCAUCCACUACAGGUUCGGUGUCAAAAGGUGCUUAUAUACCUUGGCAGAAAACAUUACGUUGGAAUUUGUUUCGGAGGCUUCACUUCCAAGCAAAUUUUCUUCGAUGCCGAUGGUAAUGCGCAUAUUGAUGCUGCUCCUCAAGAGUAUAGUCAAGAACUUGCCUUAUUGGAUUAUGGUGCAGUUUCUGGAAUAUUUGACGAUGCCUUAGAAGCUGGAAUUAACAAAUAUCCAACCUAUUUCUAUAAUCUUAUCAGUUUCCUGUCAAAUUGUCCUGCUGUUGAUUUUCGAAGUAAGGCUGUGAUUGCUUUUGUCACGAAUCACCCCUCGCUGUUAACAUAUUCUCGAAGAAUUCAGAUCACUGCAGUUCUCGAUAUGUUGCUUACAAGGCUCAGUAAAGAUGAUUCAGAGGCCUUGAUAAAUAUGCUUGAAAAUUUCUCUUGGGGGAGCAGGUUGGAUAAGGUUCCUGCAAUGUACCACACGUAGUACUUUCACUGGUGGUAUGCUAGAGAUGGGAGCAUAUGUACCCCUUAUAAGGAUAAUGGAGUCAGCUUGCUCAAAUUCUCUAACAACUUUUUCAAGCAUCACAAUGGCUUCUCUCUAGAAGAGCGGGAUGCAGCGUUUGCGUUGGCGACGAAGCAUAAAAACUAUCUAGCUCAGCUACUGUUUUCCAUUCUUAUAACAUUCAAAGACCCAAAUAAGCCAUGCCCUCCAUCUGUUCAGGCUUUUAUUGAUGAAGUGAUUGUAACGCUAGGGGAUCACACGGUCGAUUGCGAGAUUGCCCAAACUUGAUUGCAAGCGCAAUGCCUGGGAAUGCGAGCUGGGUGACUGUUUAGCUAGAUGGCUUGUUAUGUGUUGUCAGAGCGGAAUGCAUGUGUAACACCGGCAGGAAAUUGCUGUUGUUGUAAGCCUUUGAGCCUUGUUCAACAUUAUAUAACUGAAGUUUGUAUUGUACCA